AAUUACGAAGAGGCGCCGGCUUACGUUAGUGGGAGGGGGGGGGUGUCUUCUGGUAGAGCGAGGAGGUUCUAGCUGUGGGAGUGUCAUCACAAAUUAGCUGCGCGGCGCUCACUGUCAACUGGGUUUUUUGGCGGGAGCAACUGCGCCGCCUCCCUCGCUCGCUCUCUCUCUUUUCUCCCUGCCCCCUCUCUCUCUCUCUCUCUCUCUCUCUCUCUCUCUCUCGCACUUUCUCUCUCUCUUCCUCUUCUCCAUCAUCUCCAGCUGCACCAUCACCUUGUCUGCUUCAAUUCCUCAAUUCCUCCUCCCGCUCCUCCUCGCCUGCACAAAAAAAGAAGAAUGGAUCUAUCCGUUUUUUCCUGACACGCUAAACAGAAAAAGAGUCUUUUUUUUUUUGUUUUUUUUUUUGUUGUUUUUUUUUGCUUUCGCUUUCUUUUGCGUACUUUUUUUGUGUGUUUGAAAUGUUUUUCCUCCCAUGGCAAAACUAGCUCACUGCGCUCUAAGUGAGACGGGAUGCUUCAGGAUUUAAGCGCCAGCGUCCUCUUUCCGCCGUGUCUGCAGCACACAACUUUUGCUCAAGUUCCCGACAAUGACGAGCAGUUUGUCCCAGACUUCCAGACUGAAAAUUUGGUGUUCCACGGACUGCAGCUGAAGAUCAAGAGGGAGCUGCACAGUCCAUGCUCUGAGCUGAGCUCCACCUGCAGCCUAGAGCGGCCCUUCAAGCUCCAGUAUGGAGAGAAGUGCCUGUACAACGUCAGUGCCUACGAGCAGAAGCAGCACGCAGGCAUGAAGCCCUCCAGCCCAGUGACGCCCCCCUGUAGCACCCCCGUAUCCCCACUACACCAUGGGGCCCCGACGCCCAAGCCCGAGCGGACCUAUGCCCACGCGCCACCCUCGUUGCCCGAUGCCGCCUACGCCAUCGACCACAGAUUUCGCCGUCAGCUUUCCGAGCCGUGCCACUCGUUCCCGUCCCCGCCGACCAUGUCCCGCGACGCUCGGCCCCUCUACCAGCGACAGAUGUCUGAGCCCAGCAUACCCUUCCCUCCUCAAGGCUUCAAGCAGGAGUACGCCGACCCGCUGUUCGAACCCCACCCCGCCAUGAUGGGCGCUCCGCUAGCCCACAUGUACCCCGCCGCCAUGAUGAUCAAGCAGGAGCCCCGGGACUUCAAUUACGACUCCGCGGAGGUGCCCAGUUGCCAUUCGGUCUACCUACGCCAAGACGGCUACCUGGCCCACGCCAAUCGGACUGAAGGUUGCAUGUUUGACAAAGUGGCCAGGCAUUUUUACGAUGACACCUGCGUGGUGCCCGAGAAAGUGGAGGGGGACAUCAAGCAGGAAGCGGGCCUGUACCGCGAGGGUCCGUCCUACCAGCGGCGAGGGUCUCUUCAACUGUGGCAGUUCCUGGUGGCGCUGCUGGACGACCCAGCCAACUCGCACUUCAUCGCCUGGACGGGCCGCGGCAUGGAGUUCAAGCUCAUCGAACCUGAGGAGGUGGCACGCCGAUGGGGCAUCCAGAAGAACCGACCGGCCAUGAACUACGACAAGCUGAGCCGAUCGCUGCGUUACUACUACGAAAAAGGAAUCAUGCAAAAGGUGGCGGGCGAGAGAUACGUGUACAAGUUUGUGUGCGACCCGGAGGCCUUGUUCUCCAUGGCGUUCCCCGACAACCAGCGUCCGGUCCUUAAGAGCGACGUGGAGCGUCACGUCAACGAGGAGGACACCGUGCCCCUAUCGCACUUUGACGAGAGCGCCCCCUACGCCCAGGAGGCGCCGUAUUGCCAGCCACAUCCAUACAGCGAGGCCUACGUCUACUAGAGGAUGCGGACAAAGACUCAACUCAAAGGAUAACACAAUCCUCCCUUAUUAUUAUUAUUAUUAUUAUUAUUACUAUUAUUAAUUGACGCAGGCAUUUUAGGCUCAUGUUGGCUAUUUCCAGGGGUCCUCCUUCAAAGACGAACUCUUGUCCUUCACAUUUUGUCACAUUUCAACUCAAUUUGUCAACUAGACAGAUGGAUGAUGCGAAAUUGCAAAACAUGUGUUCCCUCGCAUCUUUUGUUUGAAAAUUCCACCUCCAAAGCCAAUUUCAUUUGGCAACAUGAAAUUUGUUAGAUUGAGUCGAGCCCAAAAGUCUCAAGAGGCUAUGCCUGAAAGGAUGCAGGAAUUCUGACAUUUUUCAUUUUCGGAUCAUUUUGGCCAUUACCAGGCCUAUUCGUCCUGGAGAAAUUUCAUGUUUGGGACUGUUUCAAAAAAGGUGCCCCCCGAAGCCAGUUUCGCUGAGGAAGGGGACAUUCGGUGGUCGUGUCUGUCAUGAGUAACCUCAUAAAAAAAAUCUAAGAAGCCAUGCCUGAAAACACAUGGGGAGUCUGCCAUUUUGGUUUGAAGUGGCCAUUUAACACUCGUAUUGGCUAUUUCCAGGGAUCCUUCGAUGACAAAUUUUUAUUUGAGAUUAUUUCCAAAUCCGAACCAAGUAUACCAAACAGCUUUGAUGAUGUUAUAGCAGGAAAUGAAUUGAGUUUGAAAAUUCGCCCCGCGCUCCGGUUUCACCGAUUGACACAAAAUUGGGUGGCCAUGUCCAUUAUAUAAGGACACGUGGAAAAUUCCAUUUCAAAAGUUGCAAAAAAAUCUGCCCCCCAGCACCGGUUUCCCCAACUCCAACUGAAUUGGAUGAUCGUUUAUCAAAAAAAGUUACAAGGGCCCGUAGCCGAAACUGAACAGCAAAUUAGCCAUUUUGCUUCGAAGCUGUCAUUUUCUUGCUGAUUUCCAUCAAAAAGAGAACUUGAAUGUUAGAACAAACAGGUUUUCCUGAUUGACCCAAAAUUGGGUGGACAUCCUCAUCUUCCAGAGUCAAAUCGUGAAAUCGUCAUGACAAAACACAAGUCUUGAGGACCCAUGUCCCAAAUCAAAGAGCAAGUCAGCUAUUUUGGUUUCAAGCAGCCAAAAUCCAGGGCUUGCACUUGUAUUAACGUCCAUUAGGGAAUUUGCCCAAAUCGGCUCCGAUUGGAAGCAGGCAUCCUCGACAGAUGGGUGAUGUUGAAUUGUGAAUGCCAUGUAAUGUGAGCGAAGCAUGACUUUGAGCAUUCACCAUGAAAAAUAGGGAGCAAGCACCCAUUUAUUAUUAUUAGCAUCGUUAUCAUCGUCAACUCUAUUUUGUUGGCGUGCACUUUAUGGAACCUGACGACUCUGCCGUUGUUUAUGUUUGUACAUUAAGUGUUUUGUUUUUCCCCCAAAAAUAUUAAGAUGAAGACUUAAUAUUUGAGACCGGAUUCGUCACAGCCAGGAGAAACUUUGAUUCUGAAUUUUGGGGUCUUUUACCCAGACGACUUCCUGCUUGUGCGCUCAUUUGAAGAGAACAUGAGCGCUAACGUGACUUUAUUGAUCAUCACAGUGGAGACAGUGCAAGGAUCCAAACACGCUUGGGACAUAAAACACACUCGGAAGUGGACUGAUGAACAUGUGAACGUCAACAAAUUGACCCGGACACCUCAAUAGGAACUCCCCUUUUUACCUUCCAGAACAUGCCUCCUACUGUUUCUAAUGUUUUGACCCUCUCAUGUCGCUGAUUAUAAAUAUCUGUCAACCACAAUAAUAAACAUAAUGUUCAAUGAA